CACUCCCUUUCUGUAAAAUGACAGGUCACAGCACUCGGCCGAGAAUAAUCACAUUUAUAAAAGUGGUGGCGUUAAGUCUGGUCUUUACGCUGCUUAUUUUGUUUCUGGUGGCUGCAACACGAACAUUUACGUUAGACGUAAAUGCGGGACUUCAGCUUGCACAAUGGGAAAAAACAACAUACAUAUCAGCUGAUAUAAGCACCGAACAGAGGGAGGUCCUGCUCGAAAAUUUCAAAGAGGCCAUUCGUAUUCCCACCGUGUCCUUCUCAGAGUCUCAUCAGAACACAAGUGCUCUGGAAGACUUCAACCGUCUUCUGAAAAGAGUCUUCCCAACAAUCUUCUCAUCCAGUCUGGUUAAACAUGAGGUGGUGGAGAACUACAGCCACCUGUUCACCGUGUCAGGCACCGAUCCUGAGCUCGUGCCUUACAUGCUGCUGGCGCAUAUUGACGUGGUGCCAGCCAAUGAGACUGACGGGUGGGAGGUGCCACCCUUCUCAGCCAAGGAGCUGAAUGGAUUCAUUUAUGGACGAGGAACCAUAGACAAUAAACAGUCUGUCAUGGGGAUCCUUCAAGCUCUGGAGUACUUGUUGGAGCGAGGCUAUGUUCCACAGCGAGGGUUCUACAUUGGUCUGGGUCAUGAUGAGGAGGUGCAAGGCUAUGCUGGAGCUGUAAACAUAGUCAAACUGCUGAAGAAUCGUGGGGUGAAGCUACACUUUCUUGUAGAUGAAGGCCUUGCUGUAUUGGAUGGAAUUAUAAGUGGUCUAGAUGGACCAGCUGCACUGAUAGGUGUAAGUGAGAAAGGGCAUGCCACAGUAAAGCUGAGUGUCAGUAUGAAGCCAGGUCAUUCCUCCAUGCCUCCCAAGCAAACCAGCAUUGGCAUCCUGGCAGCUGCAAUCACAAGGUUGGAGGAAUACCCAAUGCCUAGACUGUUUGGUUCUGGCCCUGAACGAAGCACAUUUGAACACCUCGCACAUAAGUUUGGCUUGCCUCUCCGAUUCAUCAUGUCCAAUCUGUGGCUUUUCAGCCCUUUGAUUAGCAGGGUAAUGGAGAAGAAGCCUGACAUGAAUGCUUUUGUGCGCACUACCACAGCAGUCACCAUGUUCAACUCUGGAGUAAAGCCCAAUGUCCUCCCGGCACAUGCAGAGGCUAUUGUGAACCUUCGUAUCCACUCUGCCCAAACACUGCAAGAGGUACUGGAGUUGAUUGAAUCCACUAUAUCAGACGAUCGUGUAAAAUUAGAGCUGAUGAAUGGCUUUGACCCUCUACCCAUCAGCUCCUAUGAUGAGCAGUCGUUUGGGUUUCAGGUUAUUAAGAAGACGGUGUUGGACAUAUUUCCUGUGGUGACUGUUGCUCCAGGUAUCUGUGUGGGCAACACUGACAGCCGUCAUUAUACCCCACUGACAAAGGAGAUUUAUCGCUUUGCCCCAACUUGGUUCAAACCAGGAGACACCCAGAGAUUCCAUGGCAUCAACGAAAGGAUCUCCCGCAAAAACUACGAGGAGCUUGUGCUUUUUUACUUUCGACUAUUCCAGAACAGUGACAUCAAAAAACUACCACCAUCUCACACCAGCCAACACGAUCUAUGAUCUCUUCUGGACAAAUGUGUUUCAGACCCCUUUAACGUAAUCUUCAUGAUUUAAGAUUGCAUAAUCAAAUUAUCAAGAUAUUUUGAUACACAAGGCAAUUUACAGCUUUGUCUUAAUUGAUCGAUCAGAUUAUUCCAGUUUGUCUGGAUUUCUGUAUGAAUUAUGAAUUCAUUAAUCUUUGUAGCACUUUAAUCAAAGCAGCCAACCUCAGGGAUAAUUUUAAAUGCAGUGCAUGUACAAUGUACUCAAUGGGUGUCAAUUGGCCUUCAUUUAGUGUGCAGUCAUUAGGAGCCAUUUGUAGAAAAGGGAAUGGAAUUUUGAUAAAAGGAUUAAUUUUAGAUGCUUUAGAAAUAAAACCUGUGCUGUUUAAUAUUGCCACGAUGCUUGCGUACUAAUGCGAUCUCUUUUUUCUUUAUGAUGGCAGUUUAUAUAUAAAUGUGACUGAAUGCCAAAUAAUAACUUCAUACAUAUGAACAAAUAAGCUCUGCGUAUUUUCAGAUACAGUUCUUCCCACUUCGGCUUUUCCCCUUAGGGGUCGCCACAGUGAAUCAUCUGUUUCCACCUAACUCUAUCCUCGGCAUCCUCUACUCUCGCACCAAUUAACUUCAUGUCCUCUUUCAACACAUCCAUAUAUCUCCUCUUUGGCCAUCCUCUUGACCUCUUAACUGGUAGCUCCAUCUCCAACAUUCUUCUACCUUCAUCCUUCUAACAAUAUAACCACUCUCCAUAUCCAAACCAUCUCAAUCUAGCCUCUCUGACCUUGUCCCCAAAACAGCCAACUUGAGCUGUCCCUCUGAUGUGCUCGUUCCUAAUCCUGUCCAUCCUCGUCACUUCUAAAUAGAACCUCAACAUCCUCAACUCUGCUACCUCCAUCUUUGCCUCAUGUCUUUUCCUCACUGCUACAGUCUCUAACCCAUACAGCAUAGCUGGUCUCACUACUGUCUUGUACUGCUUGCACUAAACCACUAAGAAUACAGGAUGCAUUGUGCUUUUUUGAACAUCCUGUUCCAGAUUUAGUCACCUAUAACCUCUUUUGAGAAGGCUUUCUACUAGAGUUUGGAGUGUGGCUGUGAGGAUUUGCCUUCAUUCUGCCAAAAAGCUGUAGUGAGGUCAGGUGAGGAGGUAUGGAGUAAGGACAUAAUUCCAGUUUAUCCCAAAAGUGUUCAAUUGGGUUGAUGUCAGGGCUUUGUGCAGACCACUGGAAUUCUUCCACUUCAGCCUUGGCAAACCAUGUCUUUAUAGAUUGUUUUUUUGUAUUUUUGGGCCCCUUAGAUCUAAAGAAUGGAAAAUCUUAAUGAUCCAUCAUACAAAGACAUCCCAUGAAAUUGUCAGGUAUUCACAUACUUUUGUCUAAAUACACAGCCUGAAUCCCAGCACCUGAAUGUGACUGUAUGAUUGAAUCAAUUAUACAUAAUGUGUUAGGCUUGCUUUCAUACUUAAUGACACAAUGACAGACACCAAGAAACUGCAUUUCAUACUGCAACACUGAGAUUAUUUGCCAUGCUUUUGAUGCCCUUUUUUGAUGCACUGAUGUGAUUUAUUUGUGUGCUGAUAAAUAUGUUGAUUUCUUUUUAAUAAACAUCCUCAUUUUAGUUUUAUACACAUGUACAUUAUUAGUGUAAGUGAAACUUACACUCCAGUAAACUGGAGAUUUGAACAGUCACAGUUACUGUGAUUUUUUCUCCCCCCAGAAAAACUAAUGACUACUCAAUGCACUUAUACUGUACACUGAACCAAUUCAGCUACAAAUUCAGUAGUAUGUGAUCAUUCUCCAAAAUAAGUUGCUGUGCUCUGUAACUGGUAGAACAUUUGAGAACUCUGAGAUUGUAAAGGAUUACAUGAUUGAAUUGUCUAAGCUUCUGGGUUUGUCGAUAGGAAAAAAAAUGUGUUUUAUUUUAUUUACUACUUUGCAUAUUCUGGAAUAAAAACAAAGAGCAUCAUAA